CCACGCCCCCUCCGCCGACGUAAUGCGUCACUCGCAGACGAGGCCGAACGUGCGACGUCACCAGUUGCCAUAGCGACAGCAGAACGGCGUCUCCAGGUCCUGUCAGCGGAUGACAACAAACAUGGCGGAGAGCAGCGGGAAUACAGAGACGGGUAAUGGAAUUGGAAAUGAAAUGGCCAUGUCCCGGAAUGUGAGCAAACUCAUUGUUUCACCUCCUGGCUUUAAUGGACAUCCAAAUAAGGGGCACUUAAUAUUUGAUGCCUGCUUUGAAAGCGGUAAUCUUGGCAGGGUGGAUUUUAUCUCGGAAUUCGAGUAUGACCUCUUUAUAAGACCUGAUACCUGUAACCCUCGUUUUCGUGUCUGGUUCAACUUUACUGUGGAGAAUACUAAAGAAAACCAGAGAAUCAUUUUCAACAUCGUCAACUUCAGCAAAACAAAAAGCCUUUACAGAGACGGCAUGUCUCCAGUCGUGAAGUCUACAAGUCGUCCUAGCUGGCAGAGAAUGCCCUCCAAAAAUGUCUACUACUAUCGGUGCCCAGAUCAUCGCAAAAAUUAUGUCAUGUCUUUUGCUUUUUGCUUCGACCGAGAAGAUGAUGUCUACCAGUUUGCUUACUGUUACCCGUACACAUACACCCGUCUGCAGCAUUACUUGGAAAACCUUGACAGACUGAAUUUGGACUAUGUUCACAGAGAGCUGCUGGGAUUAAGUGUGCAACAACGGAGAUUUGAUCUUCUUACAAUUACCAGCCCCAAAAACAAAACUGAUCUGGAAAGCCACGUAAUGCAGAAAAAAAUCAAAAUCCCCAAGCUGUGUCUGAACUCCUCCGAAGGGUCCUGGGAGUUUAAAGAGAACAAAGGAGAGGAGGAGGACGGCGAGCGGCGGCACAGUAAGAGACCAGAUGGGAGGAAACAAGUAGAAGGAACCCGCAAGAGCAUUGAAGCUGUGGUGGCCCGCUUGGAGAAGCAGAAUAGCGUGACACCGAGUCACAAAUCCAGCUGUGAGGACAUCUUCCUGGAGCCCUGCAGAAUGGCAGGAAACAUGGACACGUUGGAUGACGCUUUGAUCCCCAGAGUCUUAUAUGAGGAGUUGCUGAGGAGUUAUCAACAACAACAGGUAGAGAUGAGGCACAUCCAGCAUGAGCUGGAAAGGACUCGGAGGCAACUGGUCCAGCAGGCCAAAAAACUCAAAGACUAUGGGACAUUGGUGACAGAAGUCAAGGAACUUCGGGUCCUCAACAGAAGACUCCAGGAUGUGUUAUUGCUUAGACUGGGCAGUGUCUCUCCCUGGAAUUACAGAUCGAAUGGAAUUCAUGGUUCAUCUCCGGUCGCAAUAGGACCUGAAAAUACAGACAUUUCCGGAACAAAUGAAGGAUUCACAAUGGAAUUAAAGACAGAAAACCCAGAUCUGUGCGAGCCUGAACUGGAAGUACAGAAGCCGAGCAAUGAAGAGGCAAACACCUCCUCCUUCUAUUCUACUCCAAACCCCGUACUGGACAAAUAUAUUCUGGACAAUGGGAAGGUUCAUCUGGGGAGCGGUGUAUGGGUGAACGAGGAGAAAUGGCACCAGCUGCAAGCAACGCAAGGAGAUUCCAAGUACACAAAGAAUCUGGCUGUCAUGAUCUGGGGCACAGAUGUCCUGAAGAACCGAAGCGUCACCGGCGUGGCAACAAAGAAGAAAAAGGAUGCGAGUCCCAAACCUCCUCUGUCGCCUCACAAACUAAGUGUUAUUAGAGAAUGCGUGUACGACAGAAUAGCACAAGAGACUAUGGACGAGAAUGAAAUUGCACAGAGGCUCUCCAAAGUCAACAAGUACAUCUGCGAGAAGAUAAUGGACAUCAACAAGUCUUGCAAAAACGAGGAGCGGAAAGAGGCUAAAUUCAGUCUCCAAUAAACCUGUUACGUUUUGUAAGUUGGGGGGGGGGUGAUAGUCUCAUUCCAUUGGAUUUUAGCAUUUUGUCCUUGUCGCGGCGAGAACCAGACCUUGCGUGUGAAAUGACGUUUAUGUGUGCGCCGAUACUGAAACACCACAAUGCAGUUCAUACCGGCAAAGAACUGCAAGUGUUUGUUAUUAACUUUGGAACUGAGAAAGCUGCAUCGCGUCUGACUCCGUGGUCAGAAUAUUUGCCUCUGCUAUUCUGCCACUCAAUGUUUUCACCUUCAGUUUUCAUUCACAUCGAUUCCGCUUAUGUUCUACACUUUUUACUGCCAGACUUGCCAGAAACUGACAUUGUUAUGAUUGUGUUAAUACGAAUUUUCGUAUCAAGUUUCAAAAAAAUAUAUUUACUGUAUGUAUUAACCCGUCCAUUUUUCCAUUUUUGUCAAGUUCAAAGCUUUGGCUGAUUCCAGUACAUGGGACAGGGAAAGGUCUAAGUUCUGUGCGAUAACCGGUACAGAAUCGAGAAUGGCAGCCAUGUUGUUUUCUGUGACAUGAAGACCAUUGUAACUUCUUAAUGGGUUGGUGGCUACACAUAGACCAUGUAAAUUCAUGUGGGAUGGAGAUUUGACAGGCGAUUUGCACAGACACAGCAAAUUACAGUACCAGUCAUUUGGAAGAGAUUUUACAAUUGUCAUCCAAAUGCUGUGGAUUUUAUUUCACAAGUAAAUUGACUGAAAUACUCACCUGAUCUUUUUAUGUAUGUCAAUUGCGGACUUAGAAUGAGCACAGAUUUGUUGUGGAUUUUCCUCAUUGAGUUCAGCUUGGAGAUUAAUUUCCCCAAUGAAUCAGUAAUUGUGGAUUUCAAAAAUGUGGAUUUUUGUCUGAACUUAAAGAAGAUCUGUGAUCAGUGUAAACAAUUGAGUUUCAUUAUUUUUUAGCCUCAUAUUCCUUAAUUCCAACACAGUUUUUUUUUUAUCCCGUAGUUACGCCCCCCCGUUUAUGAGAUAAAAACUUUUUACUAUUUUUAUUUGGCUGACUAUACACACUUUUCCUGAGUAGUCAGAUGGGCGUGAACCUUAUUUAAAAGCUAAGCUCAGGGGUGGGAAUUAGGCUUCUUGGUUCAGGUUCAGGGGGGGGGGGGGGUUGUAAAUAAGAUGCUGAGGUGGUUUAAAUCAGGCUCAAAUUCCCCCGAGCCUUCCAUUCACACCCCCUAUUUAAAGGGGUACUCUGGUGGAAAACUUUUUUUUAAAUCAACUGGUACCAGAAAGUUAAACAGAUUUGUAAAUUACUUCUAUUAAAAAAU